AGAGCUUAGUGGAAGGAUGCAGAACUUAGGGUUAUCAAGCUACAGCUUCGCUAUCAAAAUACUGCAUUGAUUGACAAUCAAAGAUACCACCUCCGAAUCUCAAUUGUUAAUAAUUGAUUCAACAUGGGAUUAAAAAAAUGAAAAUUUUUUGGAAUCUGGGCAUAAUAAAAUGGAAACCGCAGCACAUUUAGCCGCCGUAAUUAACAUCACAAAAAGAGCAACAAUGGCACCACCUACAUCAAUGCUAUCAGAUAACAUCAACGCUGAUGUAGUAGAUAUAGAUGCAGUAAUCAGUAACAACUGCACCAUCUCGUCUUGCAACGAUAGCCGAGACGACUAUUAUAUCGACAGCAUCCAUGACUACGUCUUCCCACAAACCCCAGAGUGGAUCUUGAUAGCCAUUAACGCAAUGGUCUUGGUCAUCGGACUCCUGGGCAACUUUCUUGUCUGCUAUGUUGUGUACCGCAACAUCUCCAUGCAAAAUGUUACAAACAUCUUUAUUGUCAAUCUCGCAGUCGCGGAUUUUUGCGUUCUACUGAUUUGUCUUCCGCCGACCGUGGUCUGGGAUGUCACGGAGACUUGGUUCUUCGGGACCAUCAUGUGCAAGCUUACGCUCUACUUCCAGACAGUGUCAGUGUCAGUGUCAGUGCUGACGCUAGCAGCGCUCAGUGUGGACCGCUGGUAUGCAGUGUGCCGGCCGCUGCAGUGUCAAGCCACUCCACGACGCGCGAAGACAUACACGCUUAUCAUCUGGAUGAUAGCGCUGCUAAUCGGUGGGUAUCAUUAG